CCGCGUCUGGAACUGUUGGGCUGAAACUGACCAAAACUUUUCGUUUUCAUCAUAUUCCCAAUCCCAUUUACGGCUUCAUAAAUUUGGUUUUCUUUCGAAUUUUCAAUUCGCCACCAAGGUUUCUCUCACUUGCUCUCCGCGGGUUUUUCAUUCUCCUGUUAAGGAAUUAACAGAGAGAUGAAAUUUGCCUACUAGUGGAAGCGGUGGAGGUCAUUGCAGUAGGCUGAGGAGAAAAAGGGGGCGGGUAUAAGAGUUUAAGGUCAUAUAGUUGACAAAUUUGGCGAUCGUUCCCACAAAGUUCGAAAAAGAGGAAUCAGAUAAACCUGGAAUUCUAAGGUUCUUUUGUUUAGCAAAGAGAGAAGGAAGGGGGUCGUGAGCGAGAGAAAAUGGGCAAAGGACCAUUUUCUUUUCGCCGGAGCAGUAGUCGCCGCCGCCCUAAGAAGGUGGUUCAGUCAUCACCAUCCUCAUCGCCACAGCUACCUCCGCAGAUUAGUACCAGUUCUCCUCCCAUUAACAACAAUGGGAAUGGCUUGGUUGGUGGUGGGGGUGGUGGGGCUGUGGGAAAAGUGAAGAAGAAGGCUGGAGGAUGUAGGCUGUGGAUGCGUCUUGACCGGUGGGGGCAAUCAGAGCUUUUAGAGUGGGACAAGAACGCUAUAAUCAGACGUGUUGGAAUUCCGGCCAGGGAUAUGAGGAUUCUUGGUCCUGUUUUCUCACACUCAUCUAAUAUACUCGCCAGGGAAAAGGCAAUGGUUGUUAAUUUAGAGUUUAUAAAAGCUAUAGUUACUGCAGAAGAAGUCCUACUACUUGACCCUCUUCGCCAAGAGGUUAUUCCAUUUGUAGAUCAGCUAAGGAAGCUACUCGCGAAGACAGGCUCAUCUCAACUUGAAAAUGAUGGGAAUGUUUCGAGAGGAGGAAAGUGGUUGCCAGUUUCAGAGGCUGCUGAAGGUGAGCAGUAUGAGCUCCCAUUUGAGUUUCAGGUUCUGGAAAAUGCUUUGGAGGUAGUGUGCUUGUACUUAGAUUCCAGCGUGGCAGACCUUGAGAGGGAUGCUUAUCCAGUUCUGGAUGAACUGGCUAGGAAUGUCAGCACCAAGAAUUUAGAACGUGUGAGGAGUUUGAAAAGUAAUCUUACUCGUAUUCUUGCACGUGUUCAGAAGGUGCGGGACGAGAUAGAACAUCUAUUGGAUGAUAAUGAAGAUAUGGCACAACUAUAUUUGACAAGGAAAUGGAUGCAGAAUCAACAAUUCGAUGCUUUGAUGGGAGGAGGUGGGGCUUCCAACAGCACAACUGCUGUUGUUCCUCAUCUUCGUCGACUUAGUUCCAACAGGAGUGGCAGUGUGGUGACCAGCAAUCUUUUGGAUGAUAAUGACGUAGAGGACCUGGAGAUGUUGCUCGAGGCAUACUUUAUGCAGCUGGAUGGGACUCGUAACAGGAUAUUAUCGGUUAGGGAGUACAUCGACGACACCGAAGAUUACGUCAACAUUCAACUUGACAACCAAAGAAAUGAACUCAUUCAGUUUCAGUUAACACUGACUAUUGCUUCAUUUGCCAUAGCUGUUGAAACCUUAAUCGCUGGGUUGUUUGGUAUGAACAUCCCUUGUACAUUGUACGAGAGAGAUGGGGUGUUCGGGUACUUUGUCGGAGGUACUUCAGCAGGGUGUUUGUUGCUUUUCCUGGUUAUUCUUGGGUAUGCAAAAUGGAAGAAGCUUCUUGGUUCAUGAUUUCACCUCUUGUUGUUUUUUAGUAAGAAAAUGAAUACAUCAGCCAUCACAGAAUGCCAUAACUUGAUAUUUUAAAGUCCAUAGAGGCCCUAAGUUAUAAGUGGCCCAUGUAUAAGAUAUCUCAAACAUAUUUUUACAUGGAAAUAUUUCACCAUUUGGUUUCUAUUUAAGCUUACAUUUUGGUUCUCUUGAA